CUACCGGAGUUGCACUGAAAAGUUUAACAAGUUCAGCUGGUUUCAGAGAUCGGAAUUAACACUUUUUGUUCUCCAAUUUGAAAAUUUGGUGUGCACCAUUAGCAUUAUUUUUUAGAGUAUACUCAAGGAACAUAAAUGCAAAUUUUUCUGCUGUGUUAUCAUAUUUUCCAAGUCACGGUCUUCUAUGUUUCUUAAAAUUGCGGGUUUUAAUCGACAUUUUAAAUCUUAAGCCCUUUAAAUUUCAAGCUCAUUAUAGUUUUUAAACCUAGUUGUUCUGAGGUUGACAUUAUCCAGAUCAUUGAAAAGGAUAAAAAUAGUUUAGGCUUACUCAAGUGACAACAUUUUAACUAGUUAAUUUAUUUAUAUUGUCUGACUUGUGUCUGCAUUCUCUACAUACCUGGAUCUCUCUAGCUAUCCGAGUAUUGAAAUUUAACAUCCAGGUUUUAAGUUUAGUUUAAAGCAAUUGACAUCUUUUUUUCUCUGCUAUUUUAAUUAACAAUGACUAUCACAGUGUGUUUCAAGAUAUUUGUGAUUAUUUUAAUCCUGACGGGCUACACAGUUUGUCAGAGAAAAAUAAGUUAUCGAGGUUACUCCUUGAUUAGAAUAACACCUGUUAAUCAACAGCAACUUCAGUAUCUGUUGAACAUGACUGCAAUUCCAGGAAAUGGGUUGGACUUUUGGCUACAAACGACAGCAGUGAACAAAUCUGCAGAUGUGAUGGUAGCGCCAUCUGUUGCAAAUAGCACAACUAAAAAUUUAAAUAGAUUCCGAAUACCAUAUAAAAUUCUGAUGCCUGAUGUUGGGAAAGUCAUUGAAGAUGAUUUAAAAGCUGAAAUUAAUGUUCCUUCUCAAUACCAGUUUUACGGUACCUAUCCAAGUCUUAAUGAGAUAUGUCAGUAUAUUGGAGAUAUAGCUUCUUCCUAUCCAGACAUUACAUCGUUAAUAGAUAUUGGUUCAUCAUUUGAAGGCAGAACUUUAGAAAUUCUAAAAGUUUCUACAGAAAGUUAUGAGCAAAAACCUGUUAUUUGGAUUCAAGGAGGAGUUCAUGCUCGUGAACAAAUAGGACCAGCAGUUGUUACUUUCAUCGCCGACAUGUUGACUAGUCUAUACGAUGAGUGUGAUGAAGUAAAUGAUUUAGUCGAAGAAUUUGAUUGGUAUUUCCUGCCGGUUUUAAAUCCUGACGGCUACUAUUAUUGUCAAACAAAGGAUAGGCUUUGGAGGAAGACAAGGUCUCGGGAUUCAAACAUUAAACAUUGUGUAGGUGUUGAUGCUAACAGAAACUGGGAUAUUAAAUGGAACAGUACUGGAUCAAGUCCAAGACCAUGUUCUCAUACAUAUGCUGGAUCAAAACCUUUUUCUGAACCAGAAGUGAAAGCUGUGAGUGAUUUCAUGACAUGCAAUCUAAAAGAUCGCAUAGCAAUGUUUGUAGAUUUUCACAGCUAUUCACAAAGAUGGCUGACACCUUGGGGAUACACUUCAAAGUUACCACCUACUUACCCGGAGCAGAAAAGACUAGCAGAAGUCGGAAUUGCUGCAAUUAAAAGAUUGAGUGGAUCGACGUACACAGUCGGAUCGUCGGGAAAUCAUAUGUAUACCGUAAGCGGUGGAGAAAGAGACUGGGUAACUAGUGUAAUCGGAGCCAAAUAUAGUUAUGUUGUUGAACUACAAGACUUGGGACAAUUUGGUUUUCUUCUUCCACGGAGACAGAUAUUGCCAAAUGCACAGGAAGCCUGGGAAGGCAUCAAGGCAAUGGCUACAGACUUGUUAAGACUAGAAUCUGAAUAGCUUCAUUAUUAAUGACCAUAAAUGUAGUUAGUUUUGGAUUCUUACUUUUUAGACAAAUAAAGAUUUUAACAAAAAUUUAAA